AUGUCAGAAGAAGGAUCGAUUGAUUAUGAUUUUGACGAAGACGAAGCAUCAGACUUUUCAUUUGAGAGUGAUUAUGAUGAUCAGAAUGAUAAUAUGAUAGAUACUCCAAUUGAGUCACCUAAAGAUAAAACCGAUAUAUCAAAAUUGGCUAAAUUUAAGAAAUGGACUACUAAAGAGUUCAUAAAUGAAAAUUUUAUCAAUGCAGCUGUUAAAUUGCAGAAUCUCCAGCUACCGCAAUGUAAUUUAGAAGAUCUUUUGAUAAUGUUGCAUCAAUUAAAGUGGCAAUCGGAAGAGGUAAUUAACAAUUACUAUGAUAAUUAUGACAAAUUGAUGAAUGAUUGUGGGAUUCCCAAGGUUAAAAACAAUGUCAUUAAAGAAAAACUCGAGUAUUCAUGCCCAAUUUGUUGUGAAGAAUAUGAUAACAUCAAAACUUUCCAACUUUCUUGUGGUCAUGAAUAUUGUAUAAACUGUUACCAUUCAUAUUUGAAAACUCAAUUGACAAAUGGACAAUUGAUUCGAUGUAUAGACACUUCAUGUAAUUUGACUAUUCCACAUCUAUUGACCCAAGAGAUAUUCGAUUUGUUUUCACAAGAUGUAAGAGACCCAGCUCAGGAUUUUUUUGAAGUUCCCACUGCAAAUUCCAAAUAUGCUCAUAAUAUGCUACUUAGCUCGGCAGCAAGAUCUUAUAUAAAUUCAAAGAAACUGAAAUAUAAAUGGUGUCCAGCUCCCGACUGUGAGAAUUUGGUAGAAUUGGUGGAUAAUUAUGCAUUACAUUUAGAUAAUGAUGAUGAUGAUUUUGAUGAAUAUUUAUCUGAUGAAGAGUCAACCCUUUUAGAUCCCCUGACUAACAAUGUCAAAGAUAAAUCCAAAAGUCCCAGUGUUGAUAGACCAAUUGAUAUUUCCUUGACUCCGAUAGUUUCAUGUGGGACUGAUCAUCAAUUCUGUUAUAAUUGUCAAUACGAAAACCAUUUACCAUGUCCAUGUAAUAUUGUAAGAUCUUGGAUCAAGAAAUGUAAAGAUGAUUCAGAAACUGCCAAUUGGAUUGAAGCCAAUACCCAUAAUUGUCCUAAAUGUUUGAAUUCGAUUGAGAAAAACGGUGGAUGUAAUCAUAUGACAUGUAGAACAUGUAAUUAUGAAUUCUGUUGGAUAUGUUUCAAAGAAUGGAGUAUACAUGGAAGUCAAUUUUUUAAAUGUAAUAAUUUUGAUAAGAGUGAAAAAGAUGCUAUAGAAUUAAAUCAGAAACAAAAAAGAGUCUCAUUGCAAAGAUAUUUACAUUACUACAAAAGAUUUGCAGUUCAUGAAUCAUCUAUGAAAGGAGAUAUGAAAGCUCUUGAUAAGAUCAACCAACGUAUGGAAAGUUUUAUGAGUGAACAACUGAAACAAAACUUGUCAAAUUUGUCAUGGACAGAUGUUCAAUUUUUGAAGGACGCUUUUAAAGCUUUGACUAAUGGAAGGAAAACUUUGAAAUGGAGUUAUUGUUUUGGAUUUUACAUGAAAGAAUUGAUAUUUGCUGAAGUUUUCGAACAAACUCAAGAACAUUUGAAUAGAGUUGUGGAAGAUUUAUCUAAGAUUGUUGAAGAAAUUAACGAUAAAAAGAAUAAUGAUAGAAGCACUGAAUUGAUUAUGAAGAAUAAAAAAGCUUUGAUAAGUUUGACUAAUGCUGUCACUAAAGGGCAACAAUCAUUAAUUCAAUGUGCUGAAUCUGGUUUGAAAGAAGAAAGAUUAAAAUUUGAUUUACUGAUUUGA